CUGGCUAGGGAAUUCUGGGAGUUGAAGUCCACACGUCUUAAAAUUCCCAGAAGGCUCGGCGCCUUCCUUCAGACGGGCGAUGGCGGAUCUGGGCCCCGAUGCGGCCGGUUGGGAUUGGAGUCGGCGGCGCUUAAGGCCAAGCUAGGCCGCGCCUGUCUCCGGCCGGCAGCCUCGCUUGGCAGGCAGAGUCCGGGAAAGAGCUGCCCGCAAAUGCGUCGAAGGCCUCCGCCCAAGGAAGCGGAGUGCUGGCAUUGCGGUCCCCGGGCUCGGAAUCCAGGUGGCUGGGGUUCAAAGUUGGAAAUCCCUCUCUGGUUGGUCAAAGGCUUGUAUGACAAGCGGAGGAUUCUUUCUGUGGAGCUACCAAAGGUUUACAAGGAGAGCUGGCGGACAGUCUUUAAUGCUGAUGCCAGUGUGGUUGACCUGCAUAAACUGGGACCAUAUUACUAUGGAUUUGGGUCCCAGUUACUCAAUUUUGACAAUCCUGAAAAUACUGAAUUAGCUCAGUCCAUACUACAGACAUUUAUUGGCCGUUUUCGUCACAUCAUGGACUCUUCCCAGAAUACUUUCAAUGAGGACACGUCUGCGUUGGUGGCCCGGCUGGAUGAGUUGGAGCGGGCCUUAUUUCAGACUGGCCAGAAGGGACUCCAGGACUUCCAGUGCUGGGAAAUGGGUCAGGCCUCCCAGAUCACAGUGUCUAGCCUCAUCCAGAAUUACAAAAAGAGAAAAUUCACUGACGUGGACAGCUGAGAUCACAAAGUCCGGGAGAGGCCUUGUAGGAAACACUUGUGGAUUUUGUGGAUACUCGGGUUCAGGCGCUGAGAAGAAGCAAUGUUCACGUAUCCAAUUAAAAUUAUUUCCAGUAGAAAUAUUUGAGAUUGGAUGCAAAAGAACAUUCUGCCUCUGAAUGAAUAGAUACAGCAGCAACAACAAAUUGUUUUGGGAAAUAACAUUUCAAUGUUUCUAUUUGAUUUUUUAUUUUAAUAAUUUAAAGAAGGACUUUAGAAAUGGAAGGAAUAAUUAGCUAUUGUCCAGCAAGUUUUCUGUAGCAAUAAUUGGAAUGUAAGCAUAUAGCUAUCCUUUUUUAGUCCCUGUUUUCUGUUACUUGCCAGUAAAGUGGCCUUUCCGAGGACCAUCAGAACAGGUCCAAGGAGUGGAGCUUGUGUCUUCGCACUCACAAAGAUGAUUAGAAAUGCAGCCUUCUUAAAAGAAAGUCUCUGAGCUGCAGUUCUGUGACUACAUCCAGGGUCUGAGGGCAAAUUCUUCCCCCUGUUAAAGAGCUGCCUCUUGGGGUUUAAUAGAGUUCUUUGUCAAUGCCAUCUUCAUCACUAAAUUUAUAUGUUGCCAGACUCCCAGCCACUUUGGGCAGUUGACCCUUGUUAAAAAUACUUAAAAAUAAAAGUGAGAAGAAAACUCACAAAAACACAGCAUCAGACAAAAUGAUGAUGGUAAAGACAAUAAACCUAAAGAGGAGCAGCAAAUAAGAAAGUGAAGUUGGUUGUCCUUGCCAAUGGCCAGUCUUUAAGGCUCUGGGAAAUAGCAGCAGUGUGGGAGCCAUUCAAAUUCUGGGGGGAACUUCAUUCCAGGGUUGCCACAGAGAAAGUGCACUUCCAGGCACCAGAAAAUGGCAUUGUUUAAUUGACGGAAACUGGAGCGUGUCAAUCCUGUUAGAACAAACCAGCUGGGCAGAUACAGUGGGAAACUGGUGGUUCAUCAAGAGAGGCCCCAAACCAUGUAUAGAACCAUGGAACAUGGGCUUGAGAUGGACUAUUUAUAAACUUGAGUCUGAGCCAAGGAGCAGUUGUUAAUCCUGUCUGACAGAUAAUAGAUCACAUAAUAGACCAUGUGAAAACUGUGUGGAACCUUUUCUUUUAAAGACUUGUAUUAAAUAUGAAAAAAAAACAAUUAAGUCAAUUGUUUCUUUGUGUAUUAUUUAUCAACCCACUCCAAAACAGCGAGUUAGCAGAAUAACAGAAUAACAGAGUUGGAAGAGACCUUGAAGGUCUUCUAGUCCAAUCUCCUGCUCAAGCAGGAGAACCUAUAUUAUUCCAGACAAAUGGUCGUCCAGUCUCUUCUUAAAAGCCUCCAGUGAUGGACCACCCACAACUUCUGAAGGCAAGCUGUUCCACUGGUUAAUUCUACCUUCUAUUAGGAAAUUUCUCCUUAAUUCCAGGUUGUUUCUCUCCUUGAUUAGUUUCCAUCUGUUGCUUCUAGUCCUGUCUUCUGGUGCUUUGGAGAAUAGGUUGACCCCCUCUUCUUAGUGGCAGCCCCCCAAAUAUUGGAAGACUGCUACCUCUAGUCCUUCUUUUCACUAGAUUAGACAUAACCCAAUUCCUGCAACCGUUGUUAAUAUGCUUUGAUCUUCAGCCCCCUAAUCAUCUUUUUUGCUCUUUUCUGCACUCUGCAGAGUCAACAUCUUUUUUAUAUUGUGGCGACAAAAACUGGAUGCAAUAUUUCAAGUGUGAUCUUACCAAGUUAUUACAAAGAGGUAUUAUAAAAACUUCAACAUCUUAUAUGUUCCAA